CCGGUUCGGCUGUGGGAAAGGAAGGGCGACAAACCUCCCGGUUCGGACCACCACCAGCGCCCGCGGGCCACCGUACCCGAGCGCAAGACAGUGACGACGGGCGACGGCCGGAUCGAACGAAAGAAAAAACGCACCCGUCAUGCACGACACACCGCACAACACAUUCGACCGGCGGCGUGUACGGCUCGGCACGAGAACCACUGCCAACGGUGGCCCCCAACAUCAUCCCCCAGUGAUUGCGCGCGUCGUGUUCGCGCUAGUAUUUGUGCGUGCGUGUGCGUAUGUGUGCAUCGGGUAUCUUCCCGUUCCCGGUUGAGAUUCCCGGCGAGGUGACACACUAGCCUCGUGACGGCUUUUGUUUUCUAUCCGCGGUGUGCUCAUUAGAAAGUGUGGUGCGCGUUCCUCACCGGGUGACGGCUUACAUCCAAACGUCAUCCGCGUGUACUCACCGCUGCUCAGUACCUGGUGGAGGUGUGAGUUACGUGUGGUGUCUGUGGCUGUGUGUGAGUGUGUCUGGAUGCUCUUCCUGCACUGCAUCACUGCAGUCCUGCUAAGAGUCCAGGCGUCGUGAUCUCCGAGAGUGUCCUCAGAUAAUCCCACGGUCGCAAGCGGUUCAGGAGAUUCGCCGGAUCGCGCGCUAAUAUUUCGCCGGUCUGCCCUGCAUCAAAUCACAACCCGUGCCGGGGUCGCACCAGCAAACCACCAACCAAUUGUCAGCCGAUCAACCAGCGCACAAGCAACCUGCUUCCUGCAACCCGACCCGUAGACAACAGUCUCGACCGUCUCGAAAGAAAAACGGCGGAAAAACUCAUUCACGCGUGCAGGAAAGAAGUACGUAGACCUUCACCCGGCACUUUUUAGAUGACGUCGUGUACUGGGUACGGCCUGUACCAGCUGCGGCCCGCAAACCACCACCACCAACCCCGGCAACGAAGUAACGCGACGUGGCGCAGUUAGCCGGUCCGUCCCCAUCGGUGGUUGCAAAUGGAAGUGCUACUCGGACGAGUCCAGCGGACCACUAGCACGGCGACCACCAGCACUGUUGCCGCCAGCAGCCUCCACGCCGACAUCGGUACGCGCCGGGUGCGCAAGUGGCGUCACGGGCAACCGCGACGGCAGCGCCGCCGCCGGAGACGUGGGCCGGGGUUUCGCGUCGCCCGGGACUCCCAGUCGCCCACCAACAGCUUGGGGCAACAUUCUUGACCGUGUUCCUACCGCAGUACCGUGCCGUGGUGGUGGAAGUAGUUGAAAGCCUGUAAGAGACUCCUUAGAAAAAUCGCCAGACAGACGAACGAAGCAACAGAAACAGUAUUGGUUAACCCUAAACUCGGUGGUUGUGACAAGAUUCCGGAUAAGCGGCGCGCUUAGAGAAGAACUACGGUUGGGAUUAAGUGAAAGUGCUUCCAGUGCGCGCGUGUGUUAUAUCAUCAACAAACAAAAAAUCCUUGACGCUAUCGUCAGAAAGUAUAGGGAUACGCUCUCUCUAGCUGUCCAACCGGCUACUCCCCCAAGACGCUUCCUGUAUCGCCCAACUGUACUGAGCCCGCUUUAUUUUAAUUCUUCGGGAGUGACAGACCGCGAUGGGAGUGGUCAGCAUGACACAGCGGAAGAAGAUUCUGUACGGACUUUUCGGCAUCAUCGUGGGACUCUGCAUCGGUGCCCUGCUACGCAACUAUCGCACACUAGAGAUCGUCAGCAUGUGUAACACCAUCAACAGCAUCAAGCAAAAAUCGGCCUUGGACAUCAUUGGAUUGCAGCCAUCCGAACUGCCCACCAACUCCCAGAACAACCUCGUGUUUGUCGGUGUGAUGACGGCGAAGGACUUCCUGCAGGGUCGUGCCCGAGCCGUGUACGAAACGUGGGGUAAACGGGUGCCCGGGAAGAUAGCGUUCUUCAGCUCACAGGACUCGGUCGCACCGGAUCUGCCGCUGGUCGCACUGAAGGGUGUGGACGACCGGUACCCACCGCAGAAGAAGAGCUUCAUGAUGCUACACUACAUGUACGAGCACUAUAUCGAUCGGUUCGAAUGGUUUGCCCGGGCCGACGACGAUGUCUACAUACGCACGGACCGGCUCGAAAAGUUUCUGCGCUCGAUCGACAGCUCGAAGCCGCAGUUUAUCGGGCAGGCCGGACGGGGCAACAGUGAAGACUUCGGUCUGCUGUCGCUCGAGUUCGACGAGAACUUCUGCAUGGGUGGACCGGGCGUGAUCAUGAGCCGCGAAACGUUACGCCGUGUCGCACCGCACAUUCCCACCUGUCUGAAGAAUCUCUACAGCACGCACGAGGACGUCGAGGUGGGCCGGUGCGUGCAGAAGUUUGCUGGCAUUCCGUGUACCUGGAACUAUGAGAUGCAGUCCAUCCUGCACCACAACUCGAGCGGGAACCGAGCAUUCUCGGGCAAUCUGAAGAGCAAGGAGAUUCACAGCGCGAUAACGCUGCAUCCAGUAAAGAAGCCGGCCUUCAUGUACCGACUGCACGCCUACAUGCUUGGUCUGCAGGCGCAGGAAUUGCGCCAAGAGUCACUACUGUUGCACCGCGACAUAGCCCAGAUGACGGCCCUGUUGCAGAUACCGCGCAUCAACAAAAAUCUGGCACCUGGUGUGCCGAUCUUCCCCGAGGAUGAGAGUAGCACGGGAUAUCUCGGUGAUCAUAAUGUGCUCGGUGCAACUCCAGAUCUGAACAGGCACCGGCCACGCACACUGGACGAGCUAAUCGAAUGGGACUUUAUAGCGAAGAGCCUCUACUCGGGCAUGCACCCGAACCCGAAGCGGCGCACCGAGUCAUCGCUCAAAGAAGGUCUUACUGACGUGAUACGGGAGAUCAUGGAGCACAUCAAUAACUUCUCAAGACAGCGGGGCCGUGUGAUUGAGUUCCGGGAGCUGCUGUACGGGUAUAUGCGCGUCAACAGUCUGUACGGGCAGGACCUGAUACUGGAUCUGCUGCUGGUGUACAAAAAAUAUCGCGGCAAAAAGAUGACCGUACCGGUACGGCGCCAUCUUUACAUACAGCGCUCGUUCACGGAGAUACGUGUGCGGGAGAUUGUCGACGGUGUGGUGCCUAGUCAUGCGGUGACGACCAGUCCACGGGCGUCACCAAGCACCGAUGCCACGCGACACUAUAGCAACGCAACUGGGCUAGAUCGCAUCUCACAUCGGGUGAAGUCACUGUUCAACGGACUCGAACGGUUAACAGAUACGCUCGCAAACAACGGGCUGUCACCUAGUCCCGGGACUCAUCGAGAUCGCAUAGUGCUUGUGAUACCACUGUCCGGACGGUCCGAAACAUUCAUGCGCUUCUUGCGCAACUUUGAGGAGGUCGCUCUCCGGCAGGACGGUGCCACCGAUCUACUUGUAUCCAUGUACGUGGAACCCGUCGAGACGCCGAUGAUUGUGGCGCUGCUAGACAAUCUGAAGGCUCGCUACCCAGACAGCCGCAUCAACUAUCUGCAGCUGUACGGGAACUUUUCACGCGGUGUUGCACUGGACCGUGCCAUCAAAUCGCCCCACUGCAACCCAGAAGACAUUCUCUUCCUGAUCGACGUCGACAUGGUGUUUACGGUGCAGUCACUCGACCGCAUCCGACACAACGUGAUCCGCCACCGUCAGAUCUACCUGCCGAUCGUGUUCAGCGAGUAUGAUCCGCGUGCACCGAGCACAAUCCUUUCACCGGGCUGGGCCCCACCGACGACCGAGCGUCCGAAGACGGGAAGCGAUCCGGAUCGGCCGCGCAACUUCUCCAUCCCGUACCGGAUCACGAACGACAACGGGUACUUCCGGCAGUUCGGGUACGGGCUGGUCGGUAUCUACAAGGCGGACCUACUUCGACCCGACCUGAAAGGGUUCAGCACCGACAUUACCGGUUGGGGUUUGGAGGAUGUAAAGUUUCUCGAGAACGUGAUCGCACUCAAUCAGCGAGGUAACCAGCGGCUUCAAGCGAUCGCCGACGGCCGUUGGGAUCCGUUCGUGGCAACGGUGCAGGACGCACCGGGCCCGCCACCGCCGAGCGAGGAGCUCAGCAUCUUCCGGGCGCCUGAUCCAUCGCUGGUGCACAUCUUCCACCCCAUACAUUGUGAUACGAGCCUGGAGGAGGCCCAGUACAAGAUGUGUCUCGGCACCAAGGCGAACACGAUCGGCAGCUACAGUAUGCUGCACGACCGGUUCACCCACAGCCAGGCGCUACUGAUGUUUGCCCGCACCCACAGCCAAAACCGUGGCCCCGGAUAGCAUGCCGGCGGUCUCUCCGGACUCGCCCGACGCCGGACGGCCUGUCACGUUAGCAGUAUCCCUUUUUGUACAUAUAUAAAAACGAUUCAAGUGAUUUUCUAAACCAUCCAA